CUUUUUUUGUUUGUGGUGUCACUUGGACGGCUAAGACCGCUCACGGUCCAUCUUGCUUGCACAGAGUUCAGUCGUGUUUACAGAAAAGUGCAUAGUUUUGCUGCAGGUUGCAACAUUUUCCUGAUUAUAUUAUGGUAAAAUUAGUUUGAAAAUCGCCGCAAACAUGAAACCUAGCCCCAAGAAGUCCAUUUCCGCCAAACUGAAGCAACGGAGCAAAUCCUCGAGCAGUGGCGCAGGUGGCGGGAGCGGAUCUUCAUCUUCAGCGGUGGUUGCAUCGAAUGCCCUGAACUGCAAUUCCAACAGCAUCGGGAACAAUGUCGCCUCCGGGGGAAGCGGUCAUCAUGUGCGAUCCGCUGGGAUAACCGGCGGAAGUGAUACCAACUCGUCGGGAAACGAUGCCAACUCGUCGGCCGCCGCAAAGGAUAAGGGAUCGUACAAAUCCUAUGCAGGGUUUAGUUCCCGAUCGGUGCGCACCAUUUGGGAGCAGCAUGACAAACAGGAGACGGAAGUGGCUCCCGAAGUGUACACCAAAUUGGCCGAGGACACCACGUACAAGCUGUGGGAACUGGCCAACAACAUCAAAACCUACAGUCGACACUCGAGUGGUCGGGUAACGUACGAUCUGGUGAACGAGGUGCUGAAGGAUUGCGACAUUCCGCCGAUAGUGGGAGCCAACAACGAACCGUGGGACAAGAUCGAAUACGAUGGAGUGUACUUCUUCAAUUCCGACGAGGUGCUGGAUCUGCGGGAAGAGUACAUCAAGGACGUCUCGAUGGAACAGAGCAACAUACCGGUGCUGACCACGUCCUGGAUGGCAGAAUCGGCCAUUGCCGAGGAUCUCAUUGAGCUGUACAACAAUAUCUGCGACGCGAUCUAUCUCGGAGAUGAGGAGUGCUUCGAAGAGGCUAUUGGAAUACUGUCUACCAAUGCACAUGUUCCGUCGCUGAUGAAACUUUUGCUGACCAAGGUCAUCGAAAUGCUAGGCUUCGAGUACACGGAAUGCACGUUGGAACGAUCGCUGCAGUUCUUGGAAGCCUUGGUUCGAAACUACCACAUUUCGCAUUCGGAUCUCACUUUGGAGUUGAGUCUGCUGAGUCAAAUCUUUGUCAAUCUCUUGCUGGGCGCGGCCAGCUUCAUGCAGGACAAAUUUAUUCCCGCUCAACCGUUAAACCUGGACUUGCAACCUCACUCGCAAACCUCCCAACUUCAGCAGCCCUUGUCGAUAAAUCAAGCCGGCACUGAACCAUCCCCACAAAGUGCCAUCGAUCAGCAUCAGACAGGUGGAUUUGCGGUGCAUUCAGCCCAAGGGCCGAUGACCAUCAUGGAGAACAACCUGGCAGGUCCUUCGGAGGAUUCUAACAACUCGAAUUCCAAUGCAACGGAGGAGUUGCUCCGAAGUAUCGAGAACAUCAAGGAAGGGCCCGAUGGGAUCGAUAUAAAUAACAUAAAAGAUGAGUACGAAGCCCUGUUCUCGAUGGUGCAAGGACUGGGAAAGCAGGAGGUCGGAGAAGACCAGGAAACCCUCGCCGGAAGCGAUGGCUUCCAGAUCAAGACCGAGUUCAACAACGAGUUCGAUGCUUCCGGCCAAAACUUUAUGGUCCAGCAUCCGCCGAUCUUGGGCGAAGCGGAAAUGAAUUUCGACGUCAAGCCGGAGAUGUCCGACAAGCUGAAGCAGGAACCGAACCUCCCCGAAGAUCACGAUGACAACGCCAGUGUUCAGAUGUCCGAAAGCAGCAACGGCGAGGUGAUCAAUCCCAACUCGACCACGCUGGAAAGCGAGAACAUCACCACUCUCAUUUGCGCCGACUAUUUGGCGGACGAGGUCAGUCGGGUGAUCGGGCUCUGUUCGAGCAAGUGGGGCUUCCUGGAGCAGGAGUGUACCUUCCUGCUGGUGGAACGACUUCAGCGGUACUUUGGCGGCGACCGGAAACCGGACUCGAUCGAUUACCACUGGCUGGGGCGCGUUCUGCGCGGAUUGUGGUCCGUAGGGGAGUUUGCCUUCCGGGAGGUGAUACCCUACCUGGAGAAGAUCGACCCGGACCACGUGCCGGAAUUUGUGUAUCCCUAUUUGAACAAUACAGGAAUGUUCCUCCGUGGCAAAAGCGACAUAUUCCUCUACGAAUAUCUACAAGAAGUCUGUGGCGAUGGACUGAUGCCAUUCAUGUUUCAGUAUGAACAUUACAUUGAAGCCAAACAUCAGAAAUUACAUCGCUUACGCGAGAAAGCCAACCAGAGCAAGCACUGUUACCGGAUACCUCCAAAACUACUGCUCAACGUCCAUUCCAAACCCUGCCACCUGAAACCCCCGCCAACGAUCCACGAUUUCUUCCCGGAGCGAAACGAGAAGCAAUUCCCACAGUCCGGUCAAGCUCCGUCGUCGCGAUUCAAUUUCCGCUUUGCCGGUUGCCGACCGGUGGCGCUGAAGUCGAACAAGGCUCGCCACACCACCGGUGGCCGAUCGUCUUCAAUUUUUGGAAUGGGUGUCGCGCAGGAAAACAACGACCACGGUCGUGAUGGCCUUGGCCAUCAGCAGUCGCUGAAGCAGAAUGCCGGAUUGCUGCGGGGUUUCCAGGCGAAGGUGGUCAUCGCUAGGAGGAAACUGCUGCGCCCGGAUACCAAUCAGUACCGUCCCAGGCGGGUGUACUGUCUGGGAUCUACGAAUCUGUAGAGUACCUAGCUGUUGUCAUAGAAUAGUGAUUUGAUCAUCUAUAAGGUAGGUUACGAAAAAAAUUGUGUUGUACCCAUA